GCUUCUUCAAUUCAUCUCGUUGCUGCUGGCUGUUCCACACGACAGGACAGGGAGGGGCGGCAGUAGCAGCGCAGCAGCACCGCCCACCCCCGCUCGUCCUCCUCUGCUGCGGCGAUCGCAUCCGAUCCCGUCCGGUCCGCCCCCGCAUAAACGCUUCACCUUAUUCUGUAGAAAUGGCUGAUGGUGAGGACAUCCAGCCUCUUGUCUGUGACAAUGGGACUGGAAUGGUCAAGGCUGGUUUUGCUGGAGAUGAUGCACCAAGGGCUGUUUUCCCUAGCAUUGUUGGCCGUCCUCGCCACACUGGUGUCAUGGUAGGGAUGGGACAGAAAGAUGCAUAUGUUGGUGACGAGGCACAGUCCAAGAGAGGUAUCCUCACACUGAAGUACCCGAUUGAGCAUGGUAUUGUAAGCAACUGGGAUGACAUGGAGAAAAUAUGGCAUCACACUUUCUACAAUGAGCUCCGUGUUGCACCGGAGGAGCACCCUGUGCUGCUCACUGAAGCUCCUUUAAACCCUAAAGCUAACAGGGAGAAGAUGACCCAGAUUAUGUUCGAGACUUUCAAUGUUCCUGCCAUGUAUGUUGCAAUUCAAGCUGUGCUCUCCCUCUAUGCCAGUGGACGUACUACUGGUAUUGUUCUUGACUCUGGUGAUGGUGUGAGCCACACUGUGCCCAUUUAUGAAGGAUAUGCACUUCCUCAUGCCAUUCUUCGUUUGGAUCUGGCUGGUCGUGAUCUCACAGACUCCCUCAUGAAAAUUCUCACUGAAAGGGGUUACUCCUUCACAACCUCUGCUGAGCGAGAAAUUGUAAGGGACAUCAAGGAGAAGCUUGCAUAUAUUGCCCUUGACUAUGAGCAAGAGUUGGAAACUGCCAAGAACAGCUCCUCAGUUGAAAAGAGCUAUGAGCUACCUGAUGGUCAAGUAAUCACCAUUGGUGCAGAGAGAUUCAGGUGCCCUGAGGUCCUCUUCCAGCCAUCCAUGAUUGGUAUGGAGGCUGCUGGAAUCCAUGAGACGACCUACAAUUCAAUCAUGAAGUGUGACGUGGAUAUCAGGAAGGACCUGUAUGGCAACAUUGUGCUCAGUGGAGGUACAACUAUGUUCCCAGGCAUUGCUGAUCGUAUGAGCAAGGAGAUCACCGCCCUUGCUCCGAGCAGCAUGAAGAUCAAGGUCGUUGCACCACCUGAGCGGAAGUACAGUGUCUGGAUCGGAGGGUCGAUCCUAGCCUCGCUCAGCACUUUCCAACAGAUGUGGAUAUCGAAGGAUGAGUACGAUGAGUCUGGCCCAGCAAUUGUUCACAGGAAGUGCUUCUAGGUUUCUCAACUGCAUCAUCACUGUCAUCUAGUCUCACGUUAUGUCUGGUUCAUUUAUUUAGAGAUGUGCUGCAGAACAGCAUACUAUGUCUAUUUUCUUCAGACCAUGAUUCUUCUCUGGGAUAGGCCCCCUGUAUGCUGUGGCUUCAUGUGCGAGCGUGUUGUGUUGUAUCACCUGGUUUGUUGUAAAACUUGCUUGGCUUGGCUUGGUUGGAGCUGUAAGCUGAUAGUUCUAUAAAUUGCUUGGGACUAUGCUGCUGCAGUGCUGCUA